CCGGAGUCGGCGGCUGCCACACGCACGCGGCUCCUCUCAGCAGCAGCAGCUCAGCAGGUUGAACUCAGCAGCAGCUUCUCUGUGUUUACUGACAGAAAACUGUUCAUUGUGCUCGGAGCUGAAACUCCACGAUCCGAACGGAGGGAGAGAGAAGAAUCCGACAAGCAGCGAGAGAGUAACGGGAUCUGCAGCUGCAGGAUGUGUGGUAUGGACAUUGACCUGGACGAUGGCGGUUCAGGUGAGGAGGAGAAAGAGGAAGAGUUCUGGGUUGGGGAGGGGGUGAAGAUGCUGCCCCCUCCUGUGGCCCACAGCGGGGGCAGUGCACUGGGCAGCCGCAGGGGAAGGUUUGGCUGCGUGGCCUGCGGGGCCGUCCUCGUCCUCUGGAACCUGUGCGUCGUCUUAGCCAGCGCUCUGCUGCUCGCCGUGGUCUUCUCUGUGGUGCUGGUGCCUGCUGUACUGCUGCUCUACGCCGGCUUCCUCUGCCAUUCAAGGAUCCUUGACGCCCCCUCCGCCAUCUGCCGUUACCUUGACGACAACAGCUGCUCCGCCCUCAUCAUCCUGGGCUUUGUGAUGAUGUCGCCUCUUGUGGUUGUGGCAGCCGCGGUCUUCUGCGGCCUGCUCCGGAGGUUUCGACUCCUGCUCCUCAUUCAGCCGAUCACACGUGCCCGGUACAGAGGGCGCCUGGUGGACUGGGCAGGCAGCGUCCACGCCUGGGUCUGAGGCUCGGACGCAACAGUCAGAAAAGAUCAGGAAAGAUCGUUUUGUGCCAUCAAAACCCAGCCUUCCCUUUACCAUAAAAACGACAGAGGCUGACAGUGUGACAACGUAAUGGCUGUCAAGUGGGAACCAGGUGUUGAAGAGGGAUUUGAAUUAUCAGACCAGGAGCUCGUUCUCUGCCUCUUUGCUUUCAGGUCAUUUAAAUUCAUCAGUAGCACAGAACUGCUCAUCCUUUUUAUCACUGUGUCCCCCGCUCUGUAAUUACGUGUUCAGGUUUGAGGUUUCGUCUCUCAGCAAAAAAAGCCUUGCAUCAUAUUUUAAGAGAAGCACUCAUUCAAAAUCCCGUGCCAUUCUUAUCAUGUUGAGAUGUAUUUAUUUAUUUGUGUUAUCUGUUAAAGUCAUGUUGUUUAUCCUCAGUUGGUUGUUAUAAUUGAAGCAAUGCAUCUCUGUUGUUUCCACUGUGAAAGAGAAUUGUAAAGGGAAAAACUGAUUUAUUUCUUUUCAUUUUUGCCAGGUUGUAAAUACAACAGCUAAAAUAACGUUUUGGAGAAAAUUACAGCUGCUAAUAUAAAUUGAUUGUUUUGUUUUCAGGGUUGUCAUGAAAAACAGCAACAUGUUGCCGUGUUCAGACCUUCCAUCAAUAAAAAAAGGACCUUUUUUCCGUCA